CAGCCUGGCGCCUCUACGUCAUUCGCUGCUCGUCAGCCUCUCCCACCCCCGACAUCCUGCGCCUGGCCGCGACACAAACGACACCAAAACGGUUGAUCGCAACCACGACUAAUCAUCCAUGGCGGAAAUCAGCCGCAAGCGCGCACCCGAGAGCGAUGGCGCUGCGACUAUGCGCAAAAAAUUGAGGCCCUCGGAGCUCCCACUUUCGCAGGCGAAACGAUCAGCUAUCGACAGCCUCGUGCACAUGUUUCGCAAGAAGGGCGCAUACGACGAUAUACGCAGAGACCUGAUGAAGCAAUACGUGUCAGGGCCUGCUAAAGAUGAACUGCAAGCCGCGCUCAAGGAGCUCGUCGAUCGCGAAACCGACCGCAAUCCCUCUCUGUUGUCCAAGGAUCCUCGAAUGGCAACCACGCUUAUAGAAGGCGCUGGUGAGCGCAGCGACAUCUAUGGCAACAUUAUGAACACGGUCAACACUCUAUUGGAUAAAUUGAUCGACGAGCAUGGGGUGCCAAAAAUGCGCGAGUACCGCAUCCAGGAGAUUGGUGCCGAAGCAGCUGCCGAGGAGGAACAGCGAGGUAGCAAGAGCGAAGAAGAGUGGGCUCAAGAGGCAGAAGCUCGCAGAGAGAAGCGAGAGGCCAAGCGAGAGAAGGAGCUGGAGGCAGAGCGCGAGAGAGAGCGCGAGGAGAAAGCAAAGAGGGAAGAACGCAAGCGCCGCGAGAAGGAAGAAGACGAAGCCCGUGAGAGAGAACGACAAGCGGAGAAGGAGCGGAGACGCAAGGAGCGGGAAGAGCGCGACAAGGAAGACGAGGAGCGCCGUCGCAAAGACCGAGAGAGGAUUGACAAAGAGAGAGAAGAAGAGCGCCUGCGCCUCAAAAAGGAGCGAGAGGAACACGAGAAGAGCCGAGAAGCCCGUCUCAAGAAGAUCCGCGAAGAAGACGCCGAGCGAGAGCGUCGCAUACAAGAGGAGCUUGACCGAGAUCGAGGUGGGCGCCAUUGUGGUGGCCGUGGCCGUAGCAGGACUCCCGAGCGCGAUAGGGAUCGUCGUGGACGAGACAGGAGCAGGCGAAGGAGCAGGACAAGAAGCAGAUCACCCGAACGCCGUUCAUCUAUCAAGCCUGAAAACAUCAAAGACAUCAAGGUGGACGACGACUUGGCAUUGCAACUUCUACUACAGGAGAGCGAGCAAAUGAAGAAAUCACGACAGCGACCUGUCCUUGAGCGGUCCGAAUCUCUCGAACCUCCUAUGCGGAAGGCGCAGCCUCCCAAGUCGAUUGUUCCUCGUGAUCCUCGACUGGCCAGGCUCGACAGCAAACCCGCCUCACCCUCGCAACGGUCACCGAGCAAAGAUGCCAAAUCUCCUGCUCCAGGUACGCCAGCCAAGGGCGAAGAUAUCACCAUGACAGACGCGCCAUCAGCAGCGGAAUCAGCCAAGGCCAGAUGGGACAAACCGCCCGAGCUGCCCUCGAAGCGAGGUCGUUCAAGAUCCCGCAGCAUCGCACGCAGCACCAGAAAGCGCAGCAGAACACGCUCGCACUCGCGCGGCAGCCGCCUCGACAGAGACCGACGUUCUUCCCGCUACGAAGACGACCGCCGUUCCCGCCGCGACGACGACAGACACUCCUACCGUCCGUCCCGCCGCGACGACCGAGACGACAAACUCUCGCGUCGCGACAGUCGGAGCCGCUCACGCGAAACCCACACCUCACGUCGUAAAUCACGCUACGGAACACGCAGUCCCUCGCCGGCUCGCGACGAGCGGCGGAGAGACCGCGAACGUUCCCGUUCGAGGGGUGCAAGACGAGAGCGCUCCAGGAGCCCUGUACCUGCCCGCCGCCGCAACCGCUCGCGCUCCAGGAGUCCGGAGAAUAUCGAUCGCUAUGUCCCUGGCGGUGGGGGCGCUGCGGGCGGUAGUGCAAGGAAGCCACGCGACGAUAGUCGGGACCGUGAGCGUGACCGCAAGCGCGAUGACAGUCGCCCUCCUCCGCGUAAGAGGGAUGAUAGUCGGGAUCGUGGUGGACGUGGGUAUCGGGCGAGGGACUAUGAUCGCUGGGAUGGAGGGAGAGAUAGGGAUAGGGAUAGGGAUAGGGGCAGUAGGAGACUGGAGAGUGAUUGCUACCAGCCUGGUGGUGGUGCUUCUGCUUCUGCUGCUGAUGCUGAGGACAAGGAGCGAGACCGCGAUCGUAAGCCUAGAGAGAGGAGUCGUGAAAGGAGUAGGGAGAGGAGUAGGGAUAGGGGGCGUGAUGAUAGGGAGAGGCGUAGACGGAGGAGUCGCUCGAGGAGUCGUAGUCGGGAUCGACGGCGUUGAUGCGGUUGUGAGGUUCCCUUCUUAGAUGUAUGAUUAUUGGUAGGUGUUUAAUGCAAUGCAUCAUAGGCAGUGGGCGGGUCAAGUGCGCCCUGUUGGUGAGGCUACUGUUAGGAUGCAUGUGGCUUGCUUGUCGCUCUUCCUCUUUUGGACAUGACAUCCUUGGAAAGUCAAGAAGUAGCAGUAGCAAGGAAGGCAGCGUCCAAAAAUCUCAUUCCAGUAUCUCUAUCAAGCAAUCUUUCUCCCUUUCUUUUCUCGAUCUUGUCUGCGCCCUUGCUUUGCUGCUUUGUCUGGGUUCUCGGCUACGAUGGUGGUUGCCGCCGUCUUCAAUGCCUGGCAGCAUGACAUCCUCAGCCGCACGUUCAGCCUCCACAAAUGCAGAAGCAUUACCCCGCUGGAGGUGUGUUCACUUCUUAGUCUUUUUGCAGUAAUCUA